GGCCGGGACAGUGGGCGGGAGCCAGGGAUAUCUGCCCUGACUGUCGAGGAGCCAGGCGCGGGUCCGAGCGGCUUCCCCGCGGGCGAUGCUGGCGGGAGGGCCUGGGUCAGACCUGUGAGGUUGUGCGGAGGAUGCCCGCUGUUAUUGGGGAGUCCCCCGCAGCCCACGCCCCACCCCGGCAGGAUGGCUACAUCCCAACCCCGCCCGGAUGCAGAGCAUAGUUUGGGACUGUGGCCCGCAGUCUGAGCGUAUGUGGGAGCUGUGGAAGUAAAUGUGAGCUGUCCAGACUGUCACACCGCCCAGCGAUAGCCACGAUAAGGAAACUGAGGCACGGAGUAUAAAUUAAUUUGUCCAAGUCCAAACAGUUGGCAAAGAUUAAGUGGGAUCUAAGACGCCCAAGACCUCAUCCAGAAUCCCAUUUCUGUUACCACCCAAAGGUAUUUACAGUGUUCAAACUAGAGCAAACGUGGAAUCAAUGGCAUGGUCUUCAGUAAGAGAAUGGAUUUGCUGACUCAUACAUCUAGAUAAUGUCAGAUGAUCCAGCACUGAAGAGAAAGGAACCCACAACCAGGAGUGUCCAUCCGCCACAGAUAAUGUCCUACGUUUUUGUGAAUGAUUCUUCACAGACUAAUGUGCCCUUGCUUCAAGCCUGCAUCGAUGGGGACUUCACCUAUUCCAAGCGGCUUUUGGAAAGUGGCUUUGACCCAAAUAUCCGAGACAGCAGGGGCAGAACAGGCCUCCACCUUGCUGCGGCCCGAGGGAACGUAGACAUCUGCCAGCUGCUUCAUAAGUUUGGUGCUGACCCAUUGGCCACAGAUUAUCAGGGGAACACGGCCCUCCACCUGUGUGGCCAUGUGGACACUAUCCAGUUCUUAGUUUCCAACGGACUCAAAAUUGAUAUUUGCAAUCAUCAAGGUGCUACCCCUUUAGUUCUGGCAAAGCGCCGGGGCGUGAAUAAAGAUGUUAUCCGAUUGCUGGAGUCUUUGGAAGAACAGGAGGUAAAAGGAUUUAACAGAGGCACUCACUCGAAGCUGGAGGCCAUGCAGACAGCGGAGAGCGAAAGUGCCAUGGAAAGCCAUUCUUUGCUCAAUCCCAACCUCCAGCAAGGCGAAGGAGUCCUGUCCAGCUUCCGAACUACAUGGCAGGAGUUUGUGGAGGACCUAGGUUUCUGGAGGGUCUUGCUCUUGAUCUUGGUCAUUGCUUUGCUGUCUCUGGGCAUUGCCUACUAUGUGAGUGGGGUGCUGCCCUUCAUGGACAACCAGCCUGAGCUGGUGCACUGAGGCUUCCAGAGAUAAUGAUAGGGCCUGUCCAUAUGGGUUUUCAGUUCUUAGAUCAUUUCUUAGUACAAGGCAAUGAGAGCUGUCUGGUUUUUGUUUUGGAUUUUUACUUACCAUGACUCAGAAGAAUGGUGUUUUCCAUUAAACUUUUUCCUGUAGCUGGUUAUACUGCAUCCUAACACUACCUCUGACAUAGCCUGUGUCUAAAGAAGAUAUCCCCAGGCUUGUGUGAUUAAAGUGUGGUAAUGACCAGAGUGGACACUCAAGGCAGAGAUUUGGGAGGCCUCACAGAAGGGACCUGACUCUGGUGGAGGAGCAGUGACCAUUUGUUGUUGUUGUUGUUAGUUUGUUUUGUUUGUUUUUGCAAUAGCCCAGUUCUGUUUUUGUUUACUUUCCUAGCGAAAGGAGAGAGUGAAAACUUCUGACUUAAAUUUUGAUUUUUUUUUUUUCACAAUAGGAAUUUGACUUUAAAAGUGUAUUUUCAAGCUAGUCAGACAGUAGACAGGUUUUGAAAAUUAGCAAGUCUUUUCUUUAACAUGGAUUGUCUUGUUCUGUGUCUGUGAAAAUCAGCUUGUAGAGUUCAGCUCACUCUUCAGUCUCUUUGAGAUGUCCUGUUGAGAAAAACAGCAGGAAACUCUUUGUAGCAAGUGGUCACUAGAGAAAAGAACCCUCUCUCUCCUCCACUGUCACGUAGUUCUGCAGUGCUGCCAGGACAGAUGAGUUAGUUCUUAAGCCAGCUGUGUGUUGCACUUCAUCACAGUUGACCUAUUUUAAGACCUCUGCUUGGGGCUCUGACAAACACCGUCUGGUCAGCAGGUGUCCAGCUGUGGGAGUGGAGGAGUGUUUCUGAAUUAAGAGCCCUGGACAAUAUCUUGCUGCUGUCAUGGCGUCAGUUGCUGUGUGUGGGUGCAUGAUGUAAAUAGGACUCUGGACCCCAAGCAGCUCCCGGCAGUGUAUUUGAAAACCCUCUUUGGUUCUGCAAUAUAGAAACACAUUUUUUAAUGUUAUUAUAGAGAAUGGAGGCUUCCUAAUUGUUUAUUCAGUAAAAUCUGAAGGCUGCAGUGAAGAGCUAACGGUUUUGUUUGCUGUAACCUAGCUGAGUGUUUGAGUGGAGGGGUCUGUUCUGUGAGCCUCUUGCUUACUGGUAUUUUCUCCUCUGCAUUCAGGGACCAGGUACGGACACUUUUUUCAUUCAUGCGGCUUUACCUGCCUGAAGGGACUCUUUACAGCCCCUGACUGGCUGCUUCAGAUUCAGCUUGCAGUAUCUUGCUUUUAAUUAAUCAUGCUUGGUGGAAUGAAAGGGGGAAGCAGGCUUUUGCUUUUUGCAUGGAGAACACUAAAAUUCAAGUUUAAAGUAUGAUCAGAAUGAGAGCUAAGUUUAAAUUAUGAUCAGAAUGAGAGCUUUGGAUUAGUUUUCCCUCUCUAAGUCUCAAUAUAUGUAAUAUAUAAAUAUGUUCCAUCUAAGAUCCCUGCUUUCUGCCCAGUGCUGGUUUCUUGGAAUUGUGUGCUCUGCAUUAUUCAUUCAGUAAUAUGCUACCAAUAAAUGCAUUUGGAAAUCCUUAGUCACCAGCCAUUUUCUUUCUUAGGAUUUUGUAAUGGAUUUGCAGUUAGCUAUUUUAAAAGCCAAGUGCUUUAAGCCCUAAUAUAGUUAGAGACUUUUAUUUGUUUGGCUUACAAAUGCUACAGAACUAAUCAGUGAUCAUUGCAUAUGGAUUUAAGUGUGGUGGGAACUGUCAUGAUUCAGCAUCUCCCAGUUAGGUCACUUAGCAUGCCUCAUCUCAUUAUACCUGUGUUCUCGGGUACCGCCUGUCCCCAUCUCAGAAGAUGAGAAGGCUGAUGCAGGGAUCAGUAGCCCACCCAGGCCAAGGUCACUGGUGUGCAGUGAGAGCAGGGUCUAGGUGGAGGCUGUGUCCCACGCCUGUCUGCUCUUUCCUCUCCUCACUUCUUGUGCUGCAUCUGGCCAUGGUACCCUGUUUAUUUAGAGCCUGGCCUACUGCCUUCUCAGCAGGGCAUCACUCAGUGUCUCUCUCCUGCUCUUGCAUUCUUGCAAAUGCUCUUGCAUUUACUACAGUAUACAUCUCUUUACACAUCUCUAUUUGCUGUAACUGUGUUGCUCAAGCUGAACCCAUAGCAUGAUAAGAAAACAGUCCACAGUUGCCUCAGAUGCCCCUUCUAGUUUUUAUCACUCACUGUACAUUUGUUUUGCAUUUUUUGGCCUAUUGCUAUGUCCUUUUGUUCCUAUAGUCAUAAAUACAAGCUUCAGGAGAGCAAGGCCUUGGGCUAUUUUUAUAACCCUAUGCCCACUGUACAUCUUACAGAAACUUUGUGCAAAAAUACUGGAAGUAUUACUGUAUUACUUAUUUAUGUAUCACUAUAUAUAUAUAUAUAUAUAUAUAUAUUUUUUUUUUUUUUUUUUUUUUUUUGAGACAACGUGUCAUGUAGUUCAGGCUGGCCUCAGACUCCCUGUGUAGCUGAUGAUGACCUUAAACUUCUGAUCCUUCUGCUUCCAACUCCCAAGUGCCACAAGUACAGGUGUGUGCUACCAUGUCCAGUUUUAUCUGUACUAGACAAGCAGUGUACCCCUGAGCCUCCUCCCCAGCCCUCCUUUAUUUUCAGAUUGAGUAGCUUUUAACAUUAAAUGUCCCAACAAACUGCAUGUGUGAAUGGUGUGUGAACCAUGCUUGCUUUUGUGGCAUAGAUGCCAGUGGGGGAACUGUGUAGACUGAUGCUGUGUGGCCCUACCUACAGAAAGGUGGGCAUUUACCAGAACUGCCUGCCGCAGGCUUACACACAGACACACACACCCACACCAUUAAAUCGAGGAGCAGCAGUCUCCUUUUGUUGUUAUUUUGUUCUGCUGUGUUGAUGAGAAGUGUACUCCUUAGGUUAAAUAUUUGAACACUUGGUGUCCAGCUGGUGAUACUGUUUAGGAGGUGGGAACCCCUGGUAUCUGGGGCAAACUUUGAGAGUUCAUAGCCUCAACCCACUCCAGUUCACUUCCUGGCUUCACAUUUGUAUUUGAAGAUGUGAUCUCUGCUCUUGCCCCCUGCAGCCAUGCCUCCUUGGGAACUGUAAACCAAAAUAAACUUUUUUUCUCUGGAA